GCCAACCCGAUCUGCUCACACUCACUUACUGCGUAGGUACUAUUCUUAGAUAUAUGACCGUGAUCAUGAACAUGUUUCACCAUACACUUAGUCGCUUUUCGGAGAUUACAACCAUAUCAAAUGACACCAUUCUCCCUGACGCUAAGAUGCUUGAGAUUAGCAAGCACCAGGACACAGCCUAGUGCUUAUCAGUUCCAUCUCAACUGAGACAAGCUGCUCAACGAUGACGAGGCCCCUGAGAUCGCAGAUACUACAAAUCAGACUCGACCUCCCACUACAAUUCCCACUACACCUACCUGCCUCAUCGACCUCAUCCAAACUCAACCUAAAAGCACCUCUAGUAUUUACCUCUCACUCACAAUAAACAACACCCCCACCACCCUCUACAAUGCCUCCCCCUCUCCCCACCGAAAUAACCUACACCCUCUACACCUACUACCAAUCCACCUGCGCCAACCGCGUCGUAAUCGCGCUGCACCACAAAUCCCUCCCCUUCACGCACCACUACAUCGACCUCCGCGCGGCGGAGCACGAAACCGCCGCCUUCGCCGCCCUCAACCCCAGCCACAGCCUGCCGGUGCUGGUCAUCACGGACGCGACGACGGGCACGGAGACGAUCCUCACACAAUCCGUGGCCAUCCUCGAAUACCUGGAAGAAGCGCACCCGGACCGCGCGCCGCUCCUGCCGCCCGCCCAUGCACCGCUCCAGCGCGCCCGGGUCCGCGAGCUCGUCAACCUCAUCACCAACGACAUCCAGCCGCUCUCGAACGGGCGGAUCGCGCGCCGCGUGCGGCAGAUCCGCGACGAGGUGCAGGACCAGCUGACCUUUGUGCAGGAGGUGAAUGUCGCCGGGUUGACGGCGUAUGAGCGGCUCUUGGAGCGGUACGGUGCGGAUAGCAUGUACUCCGUUGGGGAUGAGGUGACUUUGGCGGACGUUUGUUUGGUGCCGGCUGUUGAGAUGGCGGUGGCGUAUCGGACGGAUUUGAGUGGGUUGGGCAGGGUGCGGGGCGUGGUCGAGAGGUUGAAGGCUUUGCAGGCUUUUCGUAUGGGGGAUUGGAGGAGGCAGGGGGAUACGCCGGUUGAGGUCAGGAUUGACUAGGUUCAGGUUGUCGCCUUCAACUGUAUGCUAUACUGUACAAGCCCAGCUGGUAGUAGCGGGAGCCGCUGCGCGUUGGGAUAUAUAUGUGCCUCGGAAAGCACGAAUGGGAUAAGGCCCCAUGACAGCCAUGAUCAAGAACCUGCACUGAACUAUAGCUAUACUCUGAAAAGGAGGGAGACCACCUUUGAGUUCAACUG